AUGAGCUCCACUGCCAUCUCUACUAUUGCCAACUCUUCCAAAUCGGCAGUCAAAAUCGAUCCCUGGAACGAUUUUGCCGUUAAGGAUGCCAGAAGAGAGGCCAAAGAUGCGAUGUGGCUCAUAAAAGCGAUUGUAACGGAGAAUCAGAAAAAGUUAGAGGCAAAAGAGAAGAGCUCAAGUCUUCAGAAGACCACAGAGGACAAGGAGAACCAAAAGAAAAAGGAUGAUUUUGAAUUCAAACGGCCCAGGAUUCAGUUUAAUCGGAAGUCCAACAGCUCAAGGAUGAACAAGGUAAAUCGACUUUUUUACAAUUUUUUCUUUAUCGUUAUAAUUUUUUGAGUCAAAAUAGAGCAGUAGACAUCUGAUUACACCUAUAACAGUCAAAAAUUUCGCUUUUGCAAAAAAUUUUUAGUCAUCAUUUUUGCCUACUGUAAUAUAAAAAGUGUAAAAUUUAUGGCAAAAAAUGGUCCUAAUGUAAUCAACAAGGGUUAUAAGGACAAUACAAGAAUUUAUUUUGUUCUUGGCACCUCAUUUUUUAUACUUUUCAAAAUUUUUUUAGUCAUCAUUUUUGCCUAGUGUAAUAUAAAAAGUGUAAAAUUUCUCCAAAAAAGGCUCUAAAUUUACUCCCAAAUGGUUAAAAAUAUAUUACAAGAAAUUAUUUUGCUCUUGGCACCUCAUUUUUUAUACUUUUCAAAAAAAAUUUUGCCUAGUGUAAUAUAAAAAAUUUCAAAAUUAUAUUAAAAUAUAGGUCUACGUAAUCUUACAGGCCUCGAAAAAUUGGUGUAAAGACUUAUUUUCUCUCUCAGACAUUUAUUUCGAUACCUUUUGACCACUUUUUGCCUACUGUAAUAUAAAAAUUUCGGAAUUUCCCCAAAAAAUCCCCCAAAAUCAGACUAAAUCACCCUUUCAACCACUAUAUCUCACUCAAAUUUCUUCUAUUUUCAGCUCAAGCCACUCCAAUCCAAGCCGGAACCUCCUCCAUUCCCGUACGAGAUGAUCCAGUACUUCACAAAAGAGGAAGUGGACCGGAUGAUGAUGCCUCCACCGAGCAAAAGGCCCAUUCGCAAACGUCGGAUGCCAGUUGAGGAUCGCUCUGAUGAGAUGUGCGACCUAAUGAGCGAGUUUCGACGGGUCAGAAAGGAGCUGAAAGACGCCGAGCACGAUUGGGAGCGGAAGAACUGGAUGGACUACCACAAAAUGUGCAUGCAGCGGUUGGAUCUGCUCCGAAUGAAGAUGGGAGUCAAACGGAGAAGGCUUUAA